UACACCGAUUAGGAGAGUGUCCACAAAAGAAUCACAUUUUUUGCUGAACGUAACAAUUUGUUUCUGUAUAAUGCAGUUUCAAUCCGUCUUGUGUGUUCGCCGAAUGGGGUCAAACGCAGUUUUCCUGCGUGUGCUAUGUGCGUUCUGAAGUCCAUAUUAUAAUUUUUUUUAAAGAUAACGUUGUGAAUGGAUCAGGUUGUGUUGACCAAAUGUCUACGAUGAUAAGGAAAAGUAUACGCUCUGUAUACUUAACAUAGUGGGAUUUCCAACGUACCAUACUGCUCAGAGAAUGUAGCAUUUAUUAAGACUAACGUUUUCUCCUUCGUGGCAUUAUUGACUUCUUUAAAGAGUGGGAAAGUCCCAAGUUUUGAAAGUUAUCCGGAGCUGAAUGUCUUAGAGCUAGAAUCUAGAUCUAGAGCUCUCUUUCUCUUCAUUUUUGAGACGAAAGGCUUGGACGAAAACUCCGCCAGCAGUUGCCAAAAUGGAGGCAAAUGACGUGGCUGUGGUUGGUUCGAACCAUAUGGGUUCUGAAAAGGUUCAAACCCCAGCCCAUUGGUGGAUUCGUUUAAAGGAGCCUGACUACAGACGCAGAGUUACGAUGUCGCUGCUGAUUGCCUGGACUAUUUUUAUCCUCGGCACAUCACGGAGUCUGAACGGCUCCACAUUUCUCGACCUUCAGAUCAUCACCAACACUGACGUGGAGGCUGCCGCCGCCUUCUUCACCGCCUACUCUGUGGGCUUUCUGAUUGGCUCAAUUUUUAGUGGCGUCAUCAGCAAAAAGGUGAACCGGAGUCUUACCCUGUUCCUAGGACUGAUUGGGAUCGGAGGCUGCGCGAUAGUGACGCCGUACUGCCCCGUGUAUAUCGUCAUGAUUCUUGUCCGCGGCAGUGACGGGAUGUUCUCCGGAGUAGUGGAUACCACAAGUAAUGCAGAACACAUGAGACUGUGGGGCGACGAAGGGGGAACACUGCUGCAGCUCAUACACUUUGCCUUUUCCGCGGGAGGUCUGUUAUCUCCCUUAUACACCGAACCAUUCCUGGCACCGCAACUGGAAGAAACAGAAACCAACACAACUCUUCUGGCCAGCGCAGAACUGGAGUCUUCAACCACUUCUAAUUUCACACAAGAUGGAGGAAGCGUAGAAGCAAUACUCAACGGGGCUGGCCAUUUUGUGUACAACGUCAGCUCAAGGAAUGUCACGCAUUUGGAGGAAGUCAUGUUCAAUUCGACUCAUCAUUCAGAAACGCGCGCCAGAGAAACGGACGUUCAUUGGGCGUAUCUCAUAACGGGUCUCCUAGCUAUUGUUGGUUCGAUUCCUUUAGCCUGGAUGUUUUUCCGUUAUCGGGGAGUGAGUGAAAAAAGGCAUUCGGGUCAGCAGUCAGAAGUCAUGGAUACAACUUUUCGGAAGCUGCCUCGCCGUCUAUUUGCCGCACUCAUGUGUCUGUUCGUUGCUUACUUCGUGUCCUACUCCUGCAUGGAGGAUACCUUCAUCUCAUUUCUCAUGACGUUUGCAGUUCUUGAGUUCUCCUCGAUGACGAAAUCACGGGCUGCGUACAUCAACGCCAUCUUCUGGGCUUCUUCCGCAGCGGCCAGAUUUUUCGCCAUCUUCGUUUCGCGACUUCUGUCUCCAAUCCGAAUGUUGGGCCUCUGCGCGUUCUUCGUCUGUUCUUCGUUCAUCGGCCUGUCUCUAAGCGCAGUGUUCGAUUCAACCCUCGCCCUCAGUAUAUUCGUGGCUACCAGCGGCCUUGGACUCGCGGCAGUGAUGGCUUCCACACUCAUGUUCUUAGAAUCCGAGCUGCUACACAUAACCGGACCGAUUGCCUCCUACAUAUUUGUUUUAAACUCCCUCGGAAAAAUGGUCAACCCCAUCCUUCUGUCGUUCCUCAUGGAAGAAAUAUCCACUAUGUGGUACAGCUACAUGCUGCUAAUAUAUUUUUCAACGAUAGCAUCGAUUUUCUUGGUUCUUCUCGUCUGGAAUCGCUCUUAUUUGAACAAGCGUUUCGGAUUUUUGAGAAUAGGGAAGGAAAUGUUCAUUGUCGAAGGGUCCGGCGACUAGUAAGCAAAGUGACAUUUUUCCACUGAAAAUUUACUCUUUGAAGCAGGUGUACAAAUAUGCUUGGUGGUGUCAAAGAAUGCGUACUACAGGAUAGCUCACAAGAGAUCAUCACUUUAAAAGACGAUAAAGAAGUCUUCAAAAUUACAUCUUAAUUAAUGUAUACACGCAUAUGCAUAUUUAUAUACAACGAUUUUUAUGACACGUUGCGUAAGAUUGUAGGCACAGGUAGGCAGGAGCACAGAUUGUUUCGAAAGAGACAAGAAACAAAAUGUCUUGAUAAGCACCAUACUGUUAUAUUAUUGAUUGUGCUCGACAUCUUUUUACAGGGAUUGGGUCAUCUUGCCCUUUACAAUCUUAAACCAUGUCAAAGCAGAAUAUUCGAAGAGAAGGUUAUAUUAAUUUCUUUUUGAGAAGCGACACUAAACAAUUGUUAAGGUUCUCCACUAAUUUGGCGCCAUCCUAUUAGAGAUAGACGUCAAAUUGUGAGGCCCCACCUCUUAAGUAACCUUAAAGUUUUGACAGAGACUUAAACGUAUACAGUGAUGGCAGACAAGGAACUUCAUAGACACGUCCCCAAUCAGCGUCGCUCGUCAUCGAGAACACAUAGCAAGUUGUACAUGUAUUAUAGUUUUGGUUAUGAACCGGCCGAAGAGCAAUACGUUUUUUUUUUCGACUCCGUUUACGAAAGUUCUGGCAUGAAAGAAAUACGGUCAUACGCCAACAUGACCGUCGAAAUAUGUUGUAAAAUCAACGUUAAAAAGGAGAACAACAGUGAAGUUUUGAUUAUAAAAGUAACUCAAAAUCAAAAGAAAGAAA